CAAUGCAGUGGGUGGAUGGCAAUCUUAAGGCUUCAUCUAAUAUCGAUAACCCUCAUAAAUUAUACCUCGUCGCUCCGCUCAACUUGGAGUAGACUGAAAGGUGAAGUGACUCGCCGGACUCCUCCGUUAAGAGAGAACUCUCGGAACCACCAUAUUGAUGGAGAUCGACACACAUGCGCCAACCUGCUGCUAUAUAUCCAUGCUAAGCUAACGCAGCUUGCAUCUAAGUGUUAAGAUUUGAAGAAGCUUUGGAGCUAUUUCUUCGCCCUAGUCAAGCCACUGCCAUAUCUGUGCUGCUCUUCCUUUUGAUCUCUUUGGUCACAUUAGAGUCGUUCUUGCACUGAUUAGAAUAUGAUUCUAUU